UUUCCCCCCUGAUACCUCCACACUCGGUCUAUUUAAAGAUGUUUUAGUCUUCAGUUUGAUACCUUCCUUUAGCGGGGUCAUGAGCAACACCUAAGCCUUUGGACAAGGUGGCUGAUAAAUACAUCCACUAUCAGAUCUGUUCCCUCCACGGUGGUAACAUCCUGCGAUUUUAAUUGCUUGCAUAUCUCCACACAGCACUCACAGCGCCAUGUCCUCUCGAUCUAUAACCAUAGUGUCCUCUGGACGGAGCACGGAGCUCGGCUUCAGUGGGGUGAGAAUACACUCGGCUCAGCUUCCCUCACAUCCCAAACUCCCACUGGCGGAGGAGGACAGGGAGUCUGGCAUCGGCUCCACCCUUGACCUCACUGGCAGCUUUGAGGGCUGUAACCAACAUACCAAUCACCACUCCGACAAACCCUCACUGAUGGAGGCAGGCACAUUCCCCGGGGAGAAAGACAGAUCUCCUCAGACCUCAGCAGCGAGUCCAAACAAGAUCAAGAAGGUCCUUAUCAAUCUAUCCAAGAUCCCUCUCCUCUUCCUCCUCCUCUUCCUCUUUGUUUGCUCCUUGGACACUCUGAGCUCUGCCUUCCAGUUAGCAGGGGGUAAAGUGGCAGGGGACAUUUUCCAGGACAAUGCAGUGCUGUCUAACCCCGUGGCAGGGCUCGUGGUGGGGAUCUUGGUUACUGUGCUGGUUCAGAGCUCAUCAACCUCCACCUCCAUUGUAGUCAGUCUGGUGGCCUCCGGACUUUUAGAAGUCAGGUCGGCUGUUCCAGUCAUCAUGGGGACCAAUAUUGGGACUUCGGUUACAAAUACCAUAGUGGCCAUGAUGCAAGCGGCAGAACGAACUGAGUUUCAACGUGCUUUUGCCGGAGCAACAAUCCAUGACUGCUUCAACUGGCUGUCAGUCCUGGUUCUGUUGCCCCUGGAGGUGGCGAGCGGGUUCAUGACUCGGCUGUCUCACCUGCUGGUCACCACUCUGAGGCUCGAGCCAGGGGAGGAAGCACCCGAGCUACUCAAGGUCAUCACGGAGCCAGUCACCAAGCUUAUCAUACAGCUGGACAAGUGUGUGAUCACAGGGAUCGCCAUGGGGAAGGAGGGCAUGAGGAACAGGAGCUUGGUGAAAGAAUGGUGCCAGACCAACCUUGUUAUGUCUCAUCACAACGUGAGCACUGAAAGCUGUGACUCCAGCCAUGACUUGCAAACACACGUGAAGUGUAGACAUUUGUUUGCAUCUGCUGAGAUGUCAGACCUCACAGUGGGCCUCAUCCUACUCGCCACCUCGCUGGCUGUCCUGUGCACAUGUUUGCUGCUUCUAGUCAAACUGCUCAACUCUCUUCUUAAAGGCCAAGUAGCAAAGGCCAUCCAUAAAGUCAUCAACACAGACCUUCCCUAUCCAUUUGGGUGGCUGGCAGGAUACAUCGCCAUGUUUGUGGGUGCAGGUGUGACAUUUGUGGUGCAGAGUAGCUCUGUCUUUACUUCAGCCAUGACUCCUCUUAUAGGUAUUGGUGUAAUCAGUUUGGAGCGAGCCUAUCCUCUCACUCUUGGGUCCAACAUUGGCACAACUGCCACAGCCCUGCUGGCAGCUUUGGCCAGUCCUGGGAACAAACUUGCUGCUGCCAUACAGAUUGCUCUGUGUCACCUUUUCUUCAAUGUUUUUGGCAUUCUGUUGUGGUAUCCUUUCCCAUUCAUGCGUCUACCGAUAAGGAUGGCUCGUGUUCUCGGUGAGCGCACUGCCAAGUACCGCUGGUUUGCAAUCUUGUACCUACUCCUCUGUUUCCUCUUGCUUCCAUCACUGGUGCUGGGCCUCUCACUGGCUGGUUGGCAGGUGAUGGCUGGAGUUGGGGCUCCUUUCUUGGGUGUAACCAUCUUCAUUACCAUGGUGAAUGUAAUGCAGUCCCGCAGCCCCCAUCACCUGCCAAACAAGCUCAAGAACUGGGACUUCCUGCCCAAAUGGAUGCGCUCUCUCAAACCACUGGACCACCUAAUUGCCAAAACAGUUCUCUGCUGCAGCUUUUCUUGUGAAGACAGACAAGAGGAGGAAGAAGCACCAAUAUCUCCAAGUACAACCUCUUGCAACAAACACACAGAGUUUGCUCAGCUUGCUUACAACAACCCAGUCAUGGAUUACCUGCAUGAGAGAAGACCAGAUGUACCAGUUCUUAAAUUAAAAGGUUUAGAGAGGUGCAACAGUACUCCUCUGUAAUUCAUCCAAUAAUGAGGGCUUUUGACAAAUUCAUCCAAUGACUGUAAUUCAUCCAAUAAUGAGGGCUUUUGACAAAAUGGAAGAAAAAUUCCAUUUUGUCAAAAGAGUAGGUUUUAGAAAAGUAACUUUUAAUUUUUUGGAAAUAAACUGAUUUGUGAUUCCUGACUGACUGACUGACUUCGUUUGAAAUGGAAAGCAAUUUUAGGAUGAGAUGUGAGUUCAGAAAAGACCAACUAAGAAUCAAUGAGGAGAACAAUUUUUUUUUUGUUUUUUGUUUUUGCCAAUUUUUAACCAACGAUUCCCUCAUAAUGAAUGUCUAUACUGACCUUUUAAAUAUAAAUCUAUACAAAAUGUAUGACUAGCCUAACUGACGUUAAUAAAUGGAUGAUUAAUCCUUAAAAAAGGUUUCAUAGAAGAGAUAGUUUUUUUUUAAAUUUUACACUCAUUUCUUGUAAAUUAGUGUUUGUAAAAUCUACAUUAUGAUGCAAUGCCAUGGCCUCUCUUACCUAUCAAAACAUAAUGAUUUAAAUAUAAAUUAUUUGAAGUAAAACUGGGAAAAACAUUGUGAAAGUGUUGGUAUUUAUUAUGUAAUCAUGCAUAACUAUUUAGACAGACACUUUCAUCAUAAAAAUCAACCUUAUAAUAAGAUUGCAUAAUUAUCCAUAUCUAGAUUAUUAUAACAAAGCACAAAACUUAAAAAAAUGCUUACUGCAAACUAGUUUCUGCAUUCAAAGCAGUGGUAGGAAACUCCUACAAUCCCUCUUUUGAUCUCUGUUUUAAUUGGAGUUUUAAAAAAAAUGAUUCGUAUUUCAUUAUUUUGAGAAUUUCUUACAUUUCUAUGACAUGUUCCUGGUCUUGUUGACCACAAAAAGCACUUUUUUACUACAAGUAACAUUGUCUGUGUCUCAGUCAUCCAAGUCAUGGUCAUUUUAGGAGCGACCGGACUUCUUCAUGUCAUGAAGACAUUUCACCCAAGAGGCUUCUUCAUUUCCUGAAGAAAUUAGGUGGAAAUACAGACAGUCUCAAGGUCCCUCUUCAACUCUGUCACUACUGUCCCACAAAAAAUACACACAGAUAUGAUAUGUACAGUUUCACAGUUUGAAGAUUCCCUAAAACUAAGAUUAUUCUUGUGCAUCUAAAAUCCAGCCUCCAUGUAGCACCUGUACCUGUUUUCCUUUUUUUUGGGUCACAUUUACUGCUGUCAAAUGUCAACCUGUGUAAAACUUGACCCAAACAGUGAGGAUUUACGCACAAACAUCAACGAUUCCACAAAGAAACCAAAUAAUUUUAUCCAGUUUAAGAAUAUUUAAUAAAUUCAUUAAAAAUAAACACCACCAUGUGUAGGAAUGCCAGAAUGAGUACAUAACAAUAACAAUUAUUAGGCCUUAUUUCCCACAGAAUGCAGAAAUGGUUGAGGAAGAUAUUUAUUUUAUCUUCUAGUUUUUGUAGAAAAAUCAAGAAAAAGAAAUGAGCGCUGUUUAGUCCAGAGUUUAAUAAAACAAUCAUAUUACCAAGUGGAGAAAUGUUUGAUCAUUAAGUGAAAAUACCAUGUACUCACUGGUUAUAUAAGUCUUAGUGGGCGACUGAAUACACAGAGACUCUACAAGGAAUUCAAAGAAUCACCACAUUAGCUGCUUGAUGUUGUCUACAAAGAAGUGCAUGAAUGUGGCAUGAACGUGUUGCGGGCUUGUGUGUGUGUUGUAGUUUUUGUGUGUGUAUGCUUUUCCAAGUGGGUGAGUAUGCACACUCGGGAGGUGUUGCUGAAAGUGUGAAUAUGUGCCGUUUUCUCUGCUGUUCUGAAACAAUUGAUAAAGAAAGGGGAAAAAAAAGAAGAAAUAUGGGCUUGCUGAAAUGCACUGAUGCAAUCAGAGAACAAAGUCAGACACUUUCACUUGUAAGGUGAUGGACAAAGACAUGACGAACUGAAGAGCAACCAUUAGCCUGCCAAUAACUUUUGUUCAGAAUUGUCUAAAAUAAGAGUUUGUUUAUUAAGAUUAGUCAUCUUUGGUUUCACAGCUCACCUUUUCUUUAACGAAAAGCAUCGUCUUGUCUUCAUGUCUCUCUGAUAGUGUUUCGCUUUGAUGUUCAAAAGUCACCAAUACACAUGCCAGUCUGCACUGAGUUUACACCGUCUUGCUGAUUCGUUGAACCUUGAAGGAAUCGGAGAGCAGCACGAGAAGAGAAACUACCAUGAGUCCUUGAACCUCAUUCUUACAUCCACUCAUUAUAAAAUACACCCAGCUCUGUUCCUUCUCGUGAGAGGUGAUGUGAGUGCUGAUAAUCAUUUGUGUGGGUGCAGUUUGGAUCAAUGCUGGAGUCCAGCAGGGCAGGGUCACUCCAGCCAAGCCUUUUUGAGUCCAAGGAUUCACAGUGAGGACCUGGAGCUGCUAGGACUUUCUGCUGUUUUUUGUUCAGUCUCUACAAUAUUGCAGAGAAAAUAACACGAUCGUUCACACAUUCACGCCUCUGAGUGCCCUUUCUCUUCACUCAUCCACGAUGUGUAAAGUGUUUCAAUCGUUUUUCCAUUUCUCCCAGUGCGAUCAUUGUGAUCCCAUUAACGUGGAAUCUGUUACUUCCUACCUUAUGCUCUCUCACACUUAUUUACUCUCAAUGCUCUGUGCGAGCAAAGCAAAAGAAGAAACCAGUCCACCAGACUCAAUUAAAUUCUGUUUAUUUAUAUAGCGUCAAAUCACUGCAGCAGUAGCCUUAAGGCACUUUAUAUUGUAAGAUCAGUGGGAGACCUGUGCAGCGCCAGUGUGAAGGAAAAACUCCCUUUUAACAUGCAGAAAUCAGACAGAACCAAGAAACACUGGAAGAGAGCCAGAGAUUAAUAAUAACAAAUGAUCAAUUGCAGAUUGGUGUAUAAACACAUGGUGUGUGAUGAUGAAGUCACGCCGCACACAUUUCAGCAACUGUGUUCAUGAACCCUUUCAACCCUCAAUCCUUCCAAUUUUGCUUGCAAGGCAUUAUGCUUCACCGCCCAAGUGCUGAUUUAGCAAUAAUCUGUCAUCAGCCUUCUCUCACUGUGUGAUGAGAAGGCAUUACAACAUACUUAUUCCACAUAAUCAUCCAGGGACAUCAUUACUGAAAAGGUGAGGGCAGAAGAGGUGUAAGGAAAUAAUGAUUCUGAAGUCAUCUGCUGUUUUGGGUUCUGAAGCAACAGUCAAUAUAUUAUUAUUAUUAUAUCAGAGUGUAUGAAGUUAAAACGAAUGAGUGAUCUUUUUUGAUUCCACAACAUUUCCGGUGGUGUUAAAAUUGCCUCUUUGAUUUCCGAUACUCAAGCACAGAGUUUCAGUUUAGCAUUUAGCUUUGGUUCAUGCCUUGAGUUCUAUUAGUUAGCAAUAGUCGGUUUAGUACUCAGCUUUACCCUCUGAGUCUUGUUGCCUCUGGAUUAGAAAAGUAUCUUUUGGGUGUUUCCUUUUUUACCUUGACAGCUGGUUUAGGCUGUUUGUCUGAUAGUCUUACCUUUGCCUGUGUCUUGCUCCCAAGCAGUUAUCAAUGUGUGUGUGUAUAUAUAUAUAUAGUCCUGUAUUGCUCUUUGUGUUUGUCAGAGCAUCUGUGGAAGAAGUAACUUUAUUGCUGUGACUAAUUAAACUCAAAAGUACAAACAUAUAAAAAUUCAGAAACUAGGAAUUAUCAAGUAGGAAUAAAUGAUAAAUGAGGGGAGGGCCCGUGGAACACAAGGAAACACACAAUAAAUGAAAAACAAUGAACAGAGGGAGACUGAGGACUUAAAUGUGCAGGACAAGAGGACAAGGGAAGCAAAACUGAACACACUGUACACUGGAAAAGAAACUGGAAGCAGGAUAAACAUGGAGAUGAAGACAGGCUUGACACUUGGACCAGGGAGAAAAGGACACGGGGACAUGACUGACUGGGUAGACGAGAAAUAAACAACACGAAGACAACGCUGACUAAACACAGGAGAGGAGCAGACACUGAGGGAAGAAAAACUCAAAGAUCACUAAACUAAAUGCUAAAAGAAACAUACUUUAAGCAUGAUGUAAAAACAACCAUGAAACUAUAUUCAAAAUAAACAGUAUAAUGUCCAUAAACAUAGAAACAUUAAGUUAAAGACCCAGUGCCAUCACAUUGUCUCUGCUCCUAGCACCAGAUCUGUACUCCCUUUUGGAUUAGAAAAAUGUCCUUUAUUCUUCAGCCUCUCAUAAGAAAACAAAUUGAUCUUUCAUGGCCUGUGGCUGUUGGGCCUGAUGGGAUUACGUGUUUAUCCAAACUAGCAGAAGCUUCUGCACUUAAACAGUUUGCAGUUCUGUUUCAAAACAAAGGUACUAUUGUCCGACUAUUACAUUAUCAAUAAACGGGCUGGUACCAAUCAUCCUCUGUUUAAUUACACUUUUCUUCUAAUAACACGUAUAACACGGACACAGUCCUUUGUUGUUUUUCUGAUUGAUCAGCAAGCCUGCACACGAUUUGUUGAAAUAAUGAGUCUAAAUAUAGUCAAAACACAGGUGUACUGCAAUAUCUAUAACUCCAUAGUGUUUUAUGGGGAAGCACAAUUAUAGAGCAUACAUAGAAGCUGUACAGUGCAGUCCAGGCCACCUCUCACUUGUCCAACACCUGGAAAUAAUGGUACAUGUUAAACAAUGUCCAGAAGUGGAAAUUAUCACUGGCAGCUUCAUUUCAGGUAACUGUGGUAAUACAGGAAGUGUUAAAACUGAAGCUGUGCAAAUGAGUUAUUACUGUGUGGGCAACGUUCACACACUGUAAGCCACUGCCACAGGCAGGUAAAAAAAUUCUCUGCCACAAUCUAAUAUAGUCUAAUGGUAGCCAAACUGGAAGUAGUGGUUCUGGGCUCUUAUCUGCUUAGGGAGCCCCUGGGUGGAAAGUGGACAACCAGCCUGUGCCAUUUAGUAACAUUAGCAUACAGUUUCGACUCAGUACUUUCAAUUUAAAAAUGACCCUUGGAUUUUCAUAUUUUCCCCUCCCCACUCAGAGAAAUAGGGAGAGAGAGCGAGGAAGAGAGAAACAGAUGUGAGUGUUUUUGGGGGGGACUGGCUCUUUCGCUGCUGGACAAGGUGGGUGGUUGAUUUGAAAUAUUCAGUGCUUUCAGUGUUGAUGCUGAUAUUGUGUACAGGCUUGUCGUGAAAGUUGUUUAUACAGCAUGUUAGGGGUUCCUGAAUGCUGGCUGAUGCAAUGAUGCUUCACUUCAGUUACCUAGCAUGCACAGAAUGUGUCAUUUAUUCCUGUUUAAACGGCAAAACAAACAGCGUUAUUAUCCUUAUUCAGAGCCAUUUAUGGCAAUCAUUUUACACGACGCGGCUUUUUAACGACUGCAAUUUCUGAAAUGUUUUGAUAAGUUGGUUUGCUGUUUUGAUAACUUACAAUUACAUGUGUGCAUGUGGCUGGAAUUAUACCAAUCUCAAGGUCAUACUCAAUUUAUAUCCCGUGCUGAAAUAUUUAAAGCUCUACAUUCACAGUAAAUCUUGCUUUAUCUGUUUUAUGCAUUGGUGCUUUCCCUUAACUCCAUCUGGGCCAGGGCUUUCAAUCAUCAGUCAGCAUAAUAAUGCAAACAAACAGGAUGUUGCAAUGCAGUAGAGACAGACAAGCGAACAUGUUGUAUAGCACUGUGAACAGGAUGCAUCUAAUGGCAAAAUAUAAGGAAAUGAAAGCAGAAUUUGUGAAAGCAGGAAUAAGAAUGAGCUGCAAAGUAAAUAUGUGCAUUAAAGAAGAGACUGAAAUCUGAUGUCACCAAAGCAAGGUGGUUUCUAUUUUUAAUCAGCCAAAAGCCAUGUGUUGCCUGGUCCUCAUGACAUGCAUAAAGAAUAUAAAAACAGCUGAAUGUAAAUUGCAAGAUUGGAGGGAAAAGUAGAAAACAGCAUCUGACAAGCAGGCACAUUUCCAGACAACGAGACAGAAGCAAAGAACAGGAGGACAAACAAGACUCUUUGACGUCAUGCAGUCCAAGCUGGGAUAUAACAUUACAUAUGGAAUCAAACUUUCAGUAUAUUUAGCUUCCUGUAGACUUGCUAAUGUGACACACACACACACACACACUCUGAAAAGUAUGCAAUGUAUAAUGUGUUUUUUAUUUCAGUAUUUCCUCCAUAUGCUAUUUUCUGUUCUCAAUUUUCUGCCUUACUGUUGCUUCAUGUGAUUUAUUCUGUACACUGGUACACUAUUUGUUAUAUAAUAUUACUAUUAUUUUCAUUUAUUUGGUGAUGUGUGACCUAAUAUGUCCAUACACAUAAUGUCAGUGUGUCCAUAAUAUUCUCUAUAUCUCCAUAAUUCACGUGUUUAUGGAGUGAAGGUGGAAGCUGGAUCUCUCUAAGCCCCAAAUCAUGCUUCAUAAUAAAGCUACCCCCCCUGAUUUACUCUCACUUGGCCUCCCUUCAUUUACUUUGGUUGCAGCUGAGCGUGUUUGUCACAGGUAGUAUAAAGUCAGUGAUUCAGUGCGUAUCUUGUCGCUUGCCUUGUUUUUGGAAGUGUAAGUUGGCCGACUUCUGCCAGAACCCCGCUGUUGUUCUGCCAAUCUAAUCCAGUGUCCAUAUGAAGUCACUGAUGCAGUUUUGUUUAAGUCUUUUGCCUUAAUCUGCAUUGUUUUUCCCAGUUCUGCUUUAAUUAUCAUUAUUAUUAUUAUUAUCAUCUCUCUGUAUUUAUCUUAGGUUGGUCAGGCAUUUACUAUGUAAGUGGAGCGUCUGAUGUGCCACUCAGCUGUUUGGAGUGGUCAUAGUCUAUGCCAGCUCUCCCUUCCAGAGAUGAACCACACCCUGCCACCAAACUAGAUUAUACCAUUUCAUUUGAAGUGAGGAGUGGAGCACUGAGUACCUAUGUGCACUCCUGGGCUCUCAUGAGUGUACUGGAGGCUGUUCUGUAGGUGGUUGUGGUGGAAUUAAGGCACGAUGGGUCCAAAGAUCAUAGUUUUGAGCCAUCUUUAUUUCAUGUGGCUGCAGCUCUCAAGCUGCCAGCCGCAAAUACACCACACCACAAUACACACCAACCCCUGAGUCCCCGUGUUUAUAACUCGGCGGGCGUGAUUAAGGAUGCCGUGCAGGUGCGUCCGCCCUCCCUGCACGGCACCGCAGACCACGCCCCACCACAGUGGUCUUCACCUAGUUUCCUCGUUUUUCUUUAAGAUUAAUUAAGGCUGAUGGUUUUUACUCUUUUAAUGUCCAUGCCUUUUGAUUUUCUGAUUAGGUCUUUUUAGAUUAUAGUAUCAAUGAAGUAGGAUUUUAAUUCCUUACUUGUAUUUGGAAAUCUGCUUUGUGGCUUUUCUUCUCCAGCAGCUCUG